AUGGAUAAACAUGAGGCAUGGGAGAUAGUUCGUAAUGAAGUUGAAGUUUUUGAUAAAUUUCAAGCUUAUAUUUAUUGCGAUCGACUACAAGAUUUACUUGUAUAUAAUCAAUCAGUUGGCAGACCUACAAGCUUAACUUCACGUAAUUCAACACCUAGUAAUAAUGAUGGUUUUAGUACUACUAAUGUAAAGGCAAUCAUUUAUCUGGAACGUAUUCAAUAUAUACAACGAGGUGUUAGUAGCGCUGGUUAUCGUUCAGCUCGAAAUUACAAUGAACUUCGAGCAACGCGACCAAAUAAUCCAACUGACAAUUGUGAUCGACAACAACGACAAUUAGAAAUUUAUUAUUGUGCCGAUCGUCCUCGGUCGAAAUAUCUUUAUAAGCAUAUUAGUUUUCAAUUGAUCAAGCGCGACGAUGAAUUCGAAAAAUGGGUUCAAGCACUUUAUACAGUUAUUGAGGAGGCAAAAAAUUUAGAUGAUGCAGGAAAGAAAAAUCGAUGGCUUUUACGAGAGUAUGAAAAAUUAAGAGCACCAUCAGAAGCUUUAACAUUCGAUUCAAUAAAUGGUUGGCUUAAUUCUCAUAUUGGUAUUGUCGGGGCGAGAAGUCAUACGGAAAGCUUUAUAAAAGAACAGCAAACAUUUCGUGAAUCAAAUGACAUAACUUAUUCAGUAUUUAAAGCAACGUAUAAUCAUUUUAUUGAAAUGCAGCAAAUAGAUCUCAUUAAAAUCUAUAUGCCUAAUUUAUUUGAAGAAAAAAACAUUUCACUUAUGACAUUUGCUUCACGUAUUAAUAAUAAAGAUACUAGUUUAGUGCAACAUGAACUGGCUAAAAUCAAAGAAUAUUUUAAACUAAUGGAUAAUCAAACAGAUAUUACUCCUAGCGAAUGUAUUAAUUAUUUAUGGUCAGAUGCCAACUCAGCAUUUGAUCCAAUAUCUCGUACAAUGUGUCACGAAGAUAUGAAUCAACCAUUGAACCAUUAUUGGAUAUCAUCAAGUCACAAUACUUAUUUAGUUGGGAAUCAGUAUCGUAGUCCAGCUUCUGUUCAUUGUUACAUUCAAGCUUUACUAAAAGGAUGUCGAUGUAUUGAAAUUGACGUCUUUGAUAGCAAAACUGGUGCCGAACCAGAAGUAACUCAUAAAAACACUCGUAUUAAGCCAAUUCCGUUACGUAAUAUUCUUGAGGCUAUUCACGAUUAUGCUUUUGUUACUAACGAUUUCCCAGUAAUAAUUUCAAUUGAAAAUCAUUGCUCAGCAGCACAGCGUACUCGUAUGGCUGAAAUGUUUAUAGAAACGUUUGUAGAAGCACUUCUUCAGUCACCUUUGUCACCGAAUGAAACUUGUUAUCCUUCUCCUAAUCAAUUAAGAAGAAAAAUUCUAUUGAAGGAUACAAAAAACAAUAGUCCAUCGUCUAUGGAAUUAAACACAGAUUUGUCAUUACAAGGUCUUGAUGGUCAUCUUGAAAUAUGGGAUUUUUCAAAAAAAAAAUGGUUUAAUUACAAUUAUUCACUUGACGAUACUACUGUAUCGUUGUGUAAAUAUCAGGAAACAAAUAAACAACAAAAUUCAGAUGAAGAUUUUAGUGAUGAUGAAAUUGAAAAGAAAUUACCAGACGAUAAAUUAAAACAAAUUUGGUAUCAUAAGACAAUGUCACAUAAAGAGGCACAAACUACUCUUUUAUCAAAUGCUGGUUAUGCACCAGGAACAUUUUUAAUACGAAAAAGCUCUAAUAGAAAUUGUUAUUGUGUAACAUUUCUUGAUUUGAAUUCUGUGCCUAAAAGUAUUGAAAUUACACAAGAGAACAGCAAUGAUGGAAAAACUCUUUACUCAUUAGCACAGAAAAAAUUUGAAUCAAUACCAUCUCUAGUUUCCUAUUAUAGAACAUAUGAUUUUGCUGAAACAGUGAAAGGAUCAACAAACCUAAAGGUAUAUCGAUUAGGAAAACCAUUACCACACCCAAAUUGGCUUCAAGAACUUCACCGACAACCAUGGUAUCAACCGACUUUGUCAAGAAAACAAGCUGAUGAAUUGUUACGAGGUACUGCUGAAGACAUGACAUUUCUUGUGCGAGACUCAUCAAAGCGUACUGGCCAAGAUUCUACACUAUCUAUCUAUAUAAACCAUGUAGUACGUCAUAUACCUAUCUAUCGUGAUGGUACAGAUUUAAUGGCGAUGUCUUUAUCAUUUACAAGUUUAGUUGAAAUUGUUAGCCAUUUUUCUCAUCACGCAAUAUUCGGAAAAUCAUGCUUACGAAAGCCUGCAAAAUCUUAUUUUGAUUUUAUUAAUGAACAACAAAAAAAUGAACCAGAUCAAGUUCACCAAGAUAUAAUCACCAGUAAACCACUAGAAGAUAGCAUUACAUUAAAAAUUGACACUCUUCGAGUGGUUAAAGUUGAUUAUAAUCAAAAUGAUCAAUUAGUUCUAGUUCAAUUAUAUAUUGAUGAAAAAUAUAAAAAAGAAUGUGAACGUUACUGCUUUAAAUUCGAUUCAAUCAAAGAUUGUGGCAACUUUACUACAAUGUGUUUUCCUGCACCGUCACCAUUAUUAUCAAGAGCUCGAUGUCAUGAUGACUCCUCAAGUACUCUGAGUCUUUCAUCGUCAUCUAAAACAUCAACAGCCUCUUUAACAUCACUGCAACAAUCGCAAACAUGUAAAACAGAAUUAGAUAAAUUGAUUAUUUAUUUUCAAUGUGUUAAAUCAAAAAAUAAUUUUAAAGAGCCGAAACAGCUUAGAGAAAAAAUAAAAUCAUUCCAAGAAAUGAUUUCGCUUGGUCAUAUCAAAGCCUAUGGAUUUUGUUCUAACGAUACUGAAUCAAUGAUUUCAUUUAACCGAGAUCAUUUUACUCGUGUUUAUCCCGUUUUUUCACUAAACUCAAUCAGUUCAUCUAAUUUUGAACCCCUCCUAUAUUGGUUAACUGGCUGUCAACUAGUAGCACUCAAUUUUCAAAUGCCUGAUCGUCCUAUGCAUAUUAAUGCUGGCCGAUUUGCAGCUAAUGGCAGUUGUGGUUAUGUUCUUAUGCCGAAUUACAUACGUUCACAAAAUGAAAAUUUACCAAGGCCAGAUACAGUAUCAAUGAUAAUGAAAAUUCGUGUUAUAGCUGCUCGACAUUUACGUACAAAUCAAUCGAAAAGCAUUUCAAAACUAAACGUUAAAGCUACCAUUAUUAGUAAACCAAAACUUGGUGGUGAUAAACACAUUUAUUCGAUAACACUUGAUCACCCAUGGCAUAUGUUGGAUUCAAAACCAUCAAGAAAUCAUGAUCAUAUACACACAUACAAAUCUCUUCAAUCAGAUAAUAGUGAAUGUGAUCUAUUAUAUUUUGAAGUAUAUACUGAUAAUGAAGAAUUUUGUGGACAAAAAGCUAUCCCAUUAUCAUCACUACGACCAGGCAUUCGAUCGGUAGCAUUACAUGACAAAUUUAAUGAAUAUUUAGAUAUGAGUGCUCUACUAGUUGACAUUCAAUUUGAAACUGGUCUAACUGGCGGCACCCACAAUUUAAUGGUUAAACAACAGCAGUCUGAUUCUCAUCAAUACCUUCCUAAUCAUAACAGUGACUCGUCGCGUUCAUCAUCAAUUUGUUCAUCUUCACUUUCACCUAAAACUUCACCGUCGACAGCUGCUACUUCAAUAACAUUGGCUUCAGCUCCUAUACCGUCAACAACAGUGGCAGUUAAUUUCGCUGAUAUUGAUCCACAAUUAGCUCAACAUAUCGAAUAUGAAUUAGGUUUAACAAAAAAGAAUGGUAGUGGCAGUGGAGCACGCAAAAAUGCAUGGGGAAAUUUAAGUUAUGCUGAAUUAAUCAGUAAAGCUAUUACAAGUAGUACUGAACAACGUUUAACAUUAUCUGAAAUAUAUGACUGGAUGAUAAAAUAUGUUCCAUUUUUUCGUAAUAAAGUUGAUAGAACUAGCAGUGCUGGCUGGAAGAAUUCCAUUCGUCACAAUCUAUCACUACAUAAUCGAUUCAAACGUGUACAAAGUGAAGGUACCGGUAAAUCAUCUUGGUGGAUGAUUAAUCCCGAUGAUAAAAAUACUAGUGGUAACAGUGCAUCAUCAUCAUCAUCAUCAACUGGUAUUAAACAACCACGACGACGUUUAGGUCAAGGCAACAAAUCCGCAUCUUUAUCAUCGACAAUACCAAAAAGACUUCGCACACCUCGUUCAACUAAAACGUCUCGAGCAUUGAUUACAACACAACAAAUAGAACAGCGACAUCAAGCGUCAGUUUCUCAACAAAUGCAACCUCCCGAUAUGACUGUAACAUCAGUUUAUGAAGCGCAGCAAUGGCCGUCUCAAUUAGAAACAGACAAUGGAAAUGAUCAUUUGUAUGAACAAGAACUUUAUUCAACAACAGUAAGUCCUCCAACAACGAACAGUAAUGGUAAUUCAACAGCAUGUAUGCAGUCGGCAUAUUCAUAUGACGAUAUAACAACAAAUUAUGCUGGUAAUGCAGGAUCAAACAACAACAACAAUAAUAAUAAUAACAAUAAUAACACCGGUGACUAUUCAUAUCCUCAUCCGCAUCAAUUUCAUCCUCAUCCACAUCAUUCACAUACACUUUAUCAACAUCAUCAUGAACCGAAUUAUGAUAGUAGUUCAACGAGUAGAUAUUAUCAUCAACAAUCGGUGCUUAAUGAUCAUCUUUCUAAUCGAUGUUCUCUUCCAAUUGAUACAUAUCACUCAAAUAAUCCAGGAGCAUACUCAUUACAACAACAGCAACAAAUCGAUCCGAAUGAUGAACAUAUUUAUUUACGUGUUCAUUCGACUUCAUCACAUUCAUCAUCAGCAUCACUCUCACCACCUACAUUAACCACAAAUAAUAAUAUUUUACCGUCAUCUUCGUCCGGUUCAUCUUCUUCGAACUAUACACUUACACAUACACAUAAAUCUUCACCAUCCGGUAGUUAUCUUCAUCCAUCAUCGAAUGGAACACCAACACUUUAUAGUCAUCAUCAUCAUCAACAUCUUUCACAUGCAUAUCAUUCAGAUAUUGAAACAUUACUUCAGUUAAAUACUGAAGAUGAUGAUAUGGAUGAUGAUGAUGAUUUUUCAACUCUUGUACAUCAUCAUGGACUAAUCGAUGAUCAACAAGCAUUAUCAUCUUGUUUUCCUAAUAAUAAUAAUCACAAUCAUCAAUUACACUCUCACAAUGAUACAUCAACAUCAAUUUUGCGUACGGUGCUUAAUAGACCGAUUGUCGAUAUGUACAAUCAACAGGUGUAA